AUGAAUUUUUCAUCUGUCAAUGGCUCUUUUAUUGUUGCCGCCAGCCAACGGGACACGUUCACAACGGCUGUGACCAAGAACGUGAUCGUCGCAGCUCUCUGCAUCUCCAUUAACUACAUCAACGGUACUCUGGUCCACACCUUCAGGAAGCACCGGGUCUUUAGUCUGAGCUCCCGCUACAUUCUGUUCAUCCACCUGGUGAUAAACGACAUGAUGCAGCUGACGCUGUCCACCCUCCUCCACAUCAUCAGUUACACCCUGCGUACAAUCAACGUACCCUUCUGCCUCAUCCUGCUGAUCGUUGCUAUUACCAACACCCUCAACACCCCACUGAACCUGGCUGGAAUGGCGGUCGAGUGCUACAUCGCCAUCUGCAUCCCCCUCCGCCACGGUCAGAUCUGCACCGUCAGGAACACCUACGUCCUGAUUGGUUUGAUCUGGGCUGCAGGAGCCAUUUCUAUCCUCCCUGACCUGUUCAUCCUUCUGGUCACUGAGCCGCUGCAGUUCUUUCACUCAGAAUCGUUAUGUUCCAGAGACAAAGUGUUCAGAAGCACCUACAGCAUGAAGAAGAGGGACACGUCGCACAUCGUUUGUCUCGUCUUGGUUUGGCUCACGCUCUUUUACACCUACUUCCGGAUUCUGUUUGCUGCCAAGGGAGCAACUGUGAACUCCAAAAAAGCCAGAAACACUAUUCUCCUCCACGGUUUCCAGUUGCUGUUGUGCAUGCUCGUUUAUGUGGGGCCCAUGUUUAAACAAGGUCUGCUCUUCUUGCUGCCCCAACAAAAAUUGCACAUAGACUUUGCCAUCCAUGUCUUUAUCCAGAUCCUGCCGCGGUUCGUCAGCCCUGUUGUCUACGGCCUGCGAGACCAGAUGUUCAGGAGACACGUGAGAAGGUACCUGCUGUGUAAAGUGAGCACAAGCAACCAGCGAACGAGGCCACAGUGAAA